GGAUCGUUUAAUAUAAUAUUCAUAAUUUCUGAACUGCCAAUGAGUGAGCUACAUGUAGUCUCAAAUGGGGAAGAAGAAGUUGGGUCCUGCGAGUCUGAAGAUGAUAUGGCAGGUGGAGACCUUGGAGAUGGUUUAGGUCGAAAACCUGGUGGCGUUUAUGAAAAGGAAAAUGGAAGUGAACUUUUUUUUAAACCCACAUCAAAACAUGAAGAAACUGACACUACAAGUUUCCAGUGGACAAAGUACCGCAGUUGGUAUGAUGCAUUUCAGAAAAAACAGGAGCUGGAAAAUCCUGUUGUUCGUAAGAGGCUGAGCAGUGCAGAUGCCGAAUCAGAAAUGUCAAAUGAAGAGGUGAAGCAGCGACUGCAGGACAUCACUGAGGAAGCAGAAAUCCUAAGAAAUGAGCUGGAAGUUACUCAGCGACAACUUGAAGGAAAAUAUGAAGCACUGAAAAUUCUGCAGAGCAGGGCAGUGUUUGAUAAAGCAACACCCCAUACAAAAGCUUUACUUCAGAAAAUGGAAGAACGAAAGAAAGUUUUAGAAAAGGAAGUGAAUGCUUUGCAGUGGGAGAUUGAGUAUAAUCAGGUUAGAUUUAAAAACCAUGAGCAGUCGUGGAUAGAAAAGUAUGACAGAGAGUGCCAAGAGAAUGCAUUGCUACAAGAAACUUUGGAAUCAAGGGAGGCAGAGGUUAGACAUUUGCAAUCUGAAAAUGAAGCCCUGAGUCAGCAGAGGCUGGAGCUUCUUGCAAUGCUUGAUGUAAAACAACAGAAUUUACUGCAGGGAAGUGUAACCUUGUCUGAAGUGACAGGCCUAGAGCUUGCUGUGCUAGGAGCCUGCACCUGUGACAGUUCUAAGUCAAGCCCCUGUCCAUGCGCCAAAACAGCAGCUGCAUCUCGCAAGGAAUUGUUCCAACUAAAGCAAGAGCUUGAGCUACAGAAGAAAAGAAAAGAAGAGGCUUACGUCAUAGCAGAUGCAUUUAGAAUUGCAUUUGAGCAACAGCUUAAAAGAAGGAAUGAGCAAUCCAUCCAAAUAACUAAUGUGGAAAAACAGAAUAAUAAAGAACCAGCACGGUCAAACAGCAGAAAGCACAGCAAAGACGAAGGUUCAAGAUUCUCAAAAGAAGACCAUAAACUGCUUGGACAGAAGCUCACGGACAUGCUGGUUUCUAAAGUUGGCUGUAGGAAUCUAGAAACACUGGAUGAUCCUCAAGAAAUCCUUAAUUUACUAAUUGACUUGCUGAAUGAUAAGGAAGAAGCUCUGGCUCAUCAGAGAAAGGUUAGUUAUAUGCUGGCUCGUACUAUUGAAGAACAAGAGAGAACUGUGAAGCAGAUUAAAGAUGAAAGUCCAGCAGAGAAGCUGUCUGCAUCCACAGGAUGCAACCGUAAGGUUGAAAUGUGCUCAUGUAACCAAGAACCAGAAUCUUCUGCAUUGUCUGAGAACGCAGAGACACAGUCUCCUAUGUGUAUGCUCUCGAUUCUUAACGAAUCUAUAUCUGAUAAUCCAGUUAAGUCAUUUCUUAAGUACCAAACUUCUCCAAGGACAACAAUUCGUGAAAGAGCAUUAGCAGCAUCAUUGCCAACACAAGGGACUUCUGAAGAAACCAAGAAAACUGAUGACUCAUCUGCUGAGAAACUGUAGAUAAGUGGAUUUUGAUUGGUUAUAAAUAUACUUGAAACAAAAGACAACACACCACCUCAGGGCUUUUUAUAAGCAAAAAUGAACUAUGUAUAUUUUUAACCACUGACAAGGUAGCACUUUAAGAACUGUUCUGGUGUUACUUGCAAAAUCAUGCAGAAUAAAGAUCAAAUAAUUGCUUUGAUGAUAAGCAACUUGCAUUCAUAAAUUCUGGCAGUGGUCGGUCUUCUGGAAAUUCAUUGAUAAAUUACAUCCUCACCGUGCUACUAUGUAGCAUGUUUAUCUGAAAUAUGCAGAAAACUAAACAUCAUAUAAACUCCUUUCUUUCUGCUGAAUCUUUAAUUAAAAAAAAAAUCCAGUGUAUUAUUAAGAAGAAAAGAGCUAGGAUCAGAGUAACGACUAUAGUUGUAGUGAAGCUGAUGAUCAUGGUAAUUUAUUAUUAUUAUGUUUUUUUUUACCCUACAGUUCUUCAUUCCUUGCUAAUUCUGCUUUAUACCAUACAAGGUAGAGAAGAUCUUAGUAUUGUCUUAGGACUAUUUUGUUUAGUGAAGGUUAAACUCAAGUUAUCCUAGUACUGCAGUGAAAACAGCAGUGUAUCUAUAAAGAGCUGCAUGUUUACUGUUUCCAUGUCUUAGAUACUGAAAUGUUUUGCAAACAUUAUGUUUGGUACACUGUUCCCCUAUUUGCAGCUGUAUGGACUGUUUACAAUUUGGAAAAUUUGACAUGCUGAGUGAUGAAUUUUCUGCUGCUCUUACCCAAUUUGACAAGUGAAGUGAUCUUCAAACUUCACUACCUUGUAAUUUGUGCAGAUUGUGCAGUUAAUGCAAUGCACUUUGGUCAUUGCUAAUCAAGUAAGGUUCAGUAUGCUACAAUUUUCUAUUCAGUUUAAGCAGAGCCCUUCCCUUGCUCUCUUCAAGUGCAGUUUGAAGAUCAAUGGAUGGGAAAUUCGUACCUAGGAUAGCGCUUGUGUCCCUUAUAGACAGGGGCAGUCUGUAAGAUACUCCAGGAAUAGGUACAGACCCAUGCCACCCUCUUGCCCCUAGGGGCCAUAUACUGGAUAAAAUUGGGUUAUAUUGGUUAGGCUUGUAAGGGCUCUUAAGUCUUUGGUCUAGUAAUCUCCUAUUAACUUAUGAAAAGUGACACUGAAUCACUGGAGAGAUUAAGUCGCUUGCUGACAUUCACUCAGUUUGCAAAUGAAGGCUGUGAGACUCUACUUUUUCGCACACUGAUUCACCUUAGACUAACAUCUUGUAGCCUUUAAGGAACAUAAGACAACUUUUAACGACUGUAAUAAAACACAAAACUGGUACUUUACCUAUUUGCCUUUAAAAGGGUCUGAGAAGUGACUUACAAAUCAGGAUUAAUUCUUCUGAGAUUUCAGUGGAACAAAUCAGAAGGCAGUAAAUUAAUUGUGCAAGUUGCCAUACAGUCAACCAUCUAAAAAUAAAUAUAUUCAAAAUAAUCAUUUAAAUAACUAUAAAUUAGCAAUUAUCUCCAUUUUGUCAUAAAAAUGCUUCAUAAUCAUCCAGAAGGUUUGAACGGUGAGUUGAUUUUGAAGUAUUUGUUAUGAAAAAGUAGAGAUGUUUAUGUAUUUAUUUAUGAAAGUUAUGUUGUGUUCUUAAAGGCUACAAAGGUGCAUAUUUAUUUAUUUGUGAGAAUCAAGUUUAGUUCUGUUUGCUUGAUAUACAAAUUGCAGUCUUAGUUUGUAACAUUAAUUUAUGCAUUUCUCAAGUAGCACUUCAGUGCAAUGAUAACAAUCAAACUUUGUGCAUAAUAAAAUCAGGAUUUAAUUUCUUUUUUUUAAAGGGAUACCAGUGUUCUUUGUAAUGUAAUACUUUACCUUAGCAGUUGGAUUUCCUUUAAUAUAUAUCUUUACUAAAUAUUAAACAGGUCUACAAUAUUUACAUUAAAAUAAGAGGAUUCCAGUAUUCUAAUAUUGUUGGGCCCAAGUAGGAAACCUAAGAUCAGGAUACCUGUGCCUCAAGUACUAAACCUCUUUGAUGGUUCCUAUAGUUGGGGUCAUCCUUUCCAAAAGCCAUCAUUCAGUAAAGUUUUCACAGAAGACCUGUGCUCUGGUGGGUGGGGUUAAGGCCUUUGCUUUCACUGCCAGUGCAUGCCAUGAUUUCACACACUAAUAUCACUGGUGUGCAUGGUCCCUGAACCUGAAAGUUCUUUGCCUGUUACACAUUUCAGAUCAGAAUCCAGCUGUUGUCAGCAAAAGUCUCUGUGUUUGAAUGCCUGUAAAAAACUGGCUAAUAUCAAUAUUAGCAUUGAAUUGUCAGCCAAGAUCCUUGUAGUAUUCCUUUUACUGACUCUGGGAGAAGCACUUUCAUAUGUUUUACCAUUUCAGUCAUGCCAUCUGCAAAUUGUCAAGGAUAUAAAUGUUUGGCUCACCUUGCUACCAAAGGAUGGCAGUUAAUCAACACUUCUUGUACAGCAAUUUAUAGAACAGAUCAUGAUGCAGCCCCAAAUGUCAGUCAGAUCAUCACAUCAAGAACUAAAACUUUUAGGAUAGGUCAUGACCUGACCAUCAAAACAGCAAGUCCAUUUCUAAAACAGCCUUCCACAUACCACUGGUGUUUUCCAAGUCCCAUCUGUUGCCAACCAAGUGUCAUAAGAGAAUGACAAAAUGGCCCUGAUAUAACAACCCUGACUCUGUUCUGGGACUACCUGUUAAGAGAAGUUUACUUUGACAUGGAAAACCAUCAAUAAAGACAAGUGCGUUUUCCACGUGGAGUGUUGGUGCUAUCAAGCCUAUAGGUGAUCACCUAGAACUCAAGGCAGAUGGUUUAAUCUUAGGAAGCAGCUUUACAAUUUAUUUGGUCAGGGUAUGCAUGCCGAGGAUGUCCAGACUGAAGGGCUUCUUCCUAGCCCCAGCAAGGUCUUGUAGACAUUGUUUAAUGGGGAAACUAUUUGGCUAUCCAGUUAUAGCACUUGUAUCUCAAGACUUAAAUAUUAUACAGCUAUUUCAUAGGAAAUGGAGUUGCUGUGUGAGACUGCCGUUUUAGGGAAUUUAGUCUCUGCUUUGACUCACAAUGAGGGACCCAAAGGAGGCACUCUGUCCACUUCCUAUGCAGCAGGGUCUAGGUCUAAAGUGUAGAUGCCACCCAGCCCAUGUCAUUGCUUAAGCCAGAUAGCUUAAUCUAGGGAAGCAGCUUCAUAGGUUCAUAGAUUAGUACUAAGCUAACUGCCCUUGCGAGACAUUUUAAGCCUAGCCAAUUAUCCUUUGU